UUUUUUGGUAUAAAAAUAGGUGCCGUCCGGUUGUCCGCACAUAUGGACCGAAACACAUACUUUUGCGGCGAAAUAAUAAACAUCAACUUUCAUAUGAGUAACCGUUCCUCAAAAAUAAUACGCUUUUUGCCGCAAAUGGUUAGGCGGACAGCCUUUAAGAAAAAAUACAUAUAUCUGGAGAGCCAGGAACUGAUUGCCAGUAAUUAUGCCGAUCCCUGUCUAGAGAACAGUUCCCAAUCGGACAUCGUAUGCAUUCCCAUACCCUUUGACUGUCUGCCCACAAUCGACUGUCCACUCAUUGAGAUCAAAUACAGCAUCAACUUAUUUGUCGAUAUCUCCGACUCGACCGAACACUUCGAUGAGAUUCCUAUUUAUAUUAAAUAGGACCAUCGGAAUCUUUUGGCCGUCAUUCAACAGUCGGUACGGUAUCUCUUGUCUCAAACAUGUG